ACAGAUAUGUACCAUAGCCUUGCAUUCCGUACAUACAACUGAACUCGUAGAACCACGGAACUUAAACAACAACUUAAACAACUUUUAACGAGAGAGCGACGGAGAGGAAAGAGCAGGACAAACGUGGAUGUGGAAUGAGAAAGGCUGAUUGACCACUACAAGAAUAUGAACUACUACUGCACUGUAAUCUCCUCAACAAUCACUCGACCAUGUCGACCACUAGCCCAACAACCACCCCCAAAGACGAAUGGCCCAAAACCAUCCUCAUCAAAGAACUCCACCCAACAUUUGGAGCAGAGAUCCUCGGCGUCCAGUGGAGAGACGACGGCGUCAUCAGCGAGGAACAACUUCAAGAGCUCAGAGAUGCCUACGGCUUCAUCAUCCUCCGCGCCACCCCCCUCUCCGACGCCAGCCACGUCUCCUUCUCCCGCCUCUUCGCCUCCGGUCCACUCGACAACAUCACCCGCUUCCUCCCCCCCUCCCGCGCCCUCCGUCUCCGCUACUACCCACACCUCGAGCUCUUCGACGCCAGCAACCUCUCCGACGACGGCAACGCGAUCCUGGACCCUUUUUGUGCGAGAGCAAUGCUACUCCGCGCCAACUCGCUGUGGCACUCGGACCUGGCGUAUAACCCGCGGCGGUCGAGCUAUUCGUUGUUGAGGGCCGUGGAACUGCCACCUCCCCGGGACCCAGAAAUGGAGGAAGAGCAGGAAAUGGGGGGAAACACGGAGUUUGCGGAUAGUAGGACUGCGUGGGAGGAGUUGGCUGUCGAAAAAAAGAGGGAGUUGCUGACGAAAGAUUGGACGGGGGUGUAUAAUGCUGCGCAUAGUAGGAGGAUGGGGGCGCCUGAGUUCUUUAAGGGUCUGGAUCCGGAGGAGGGUCCGGUGUCGAGGCAUAAGGUUGUGCAGAGGCAUGUGGAGAGCGGGAGGAUGAAUUUGGGUGUGGGGGCUUAUUUGUGGCGGUUGGAGGAUGGGGAGGGGAAGACGGUGCCGGAGUCGGAGGAGAUGAUCAAGUUUUUGAAUGAGCAUGUGGCUAAGGAGAGGUAUGUGGCGAGCGUGAGGUGGGAGGAACCUGGGGACUUGGUGAUUUGGGAUAAUAGGGCUGUGUUGCAUCGCGCGGGUGAGUUUAAGGGUGUAGGUAAGGGUGAUGUGUAUAGGAGGGAUAUGAGGAGGACGACGGCGUUUGAUAUGGGGCCGACGGCUUGGGGGCUUAAUGGCGAGGGAGCACCGUUGCCUACACUGGAGAGUAUAACGAAGGAGAAGGGGCUGCCGUCGACGCAAUCGGCUGCUGUUGGGAGGUGA